AUGUUAGACCUUAAUCUAAGUGUUGAUCGGAGCGAUUUGAUGUCGGAAUAUAUGGAGGAUAACGGCGAGAAGCAGAUGCUUGAACUAUCUGGCGGCACUUCGAGUUCUUCCGUCGUCAAUAUGGAUACGUUGAGUAACGCCGGUGACGAGGAGCACUCGUACUCCUGCUCAAAUCUGGCGUAUAGCUUUGAUAUACUGAAACCGAAUCAUCUGGAAGAUUUUCAGGAUAUUAGGUCUGUUAUGUCCGUAACGAAGCAGCUCUUCCCGGCGACUGGCAGAGACGGUGGCUUAAUUCAGCACCAUUGGUUGGAUAACGGUGGCGGAGUUGCGGCGAACGAUAGAGUAUUCAUUUUAAGGCACCAGCAACAGCAGCAUGUACAGCAGGUGAAGAAGAGUAGGAGAGGACCUAGGUCUCGAAGCUCUCAGUAUCGCGGUGUAACGUAUUAUCGGAGAACCGGAAGAUGGGAAUCACAUAUAUGGGAAUGUGGGAAACAAGUUUAUCUGGGUGGAUUCGAUACUGCACAUGCUGCUGCUAGAGCAUAUGAUCGGGCUGCUAUAAAAUUCCGUGGACUUGAUGCUGAUAUUAAUUUCAAUAYAAGUGAUUAUGAGGAAGACCUGAAGCWGAUAAAGAACUUGACAAAGGAAGAGUUUGUGCAUAUUCUUCGUCGCCAAAGUACUGGGUUCUCUAGAGGAAGCUCAAAGUACAGAGGUGUUACACUGCACAAAUGUGGUCGCUGGGAAGCUCGAAUGGGGCAAUAUCUAGGGAAGAAGUACAUCUAUCUUGGAUUGUUCGACAAUGAAAUUGAAGCUGCAAGGGCUUAUGACAAGGCUGCUAUAAAAUGCAAUGGAAGGGAAGCGGUCACCAACUUCGAGCCCAGCUUGUACGAAGGCGAGCUACGUCUGGAGGCAGACAAUGGAGAGAACAGCCAAUUCAUGGAUCUGAACCUGGGUAUUGCUCCCCCUUCUUUAACAGGAGGUAGUAAGGCAGAUGACACCUUAGGAAGCUUGCAGGAGAUCAACUAUAUCUUAGGUGACAUGCCUUCUCAGGCUGCAAGAACUAGGAUUGAGCACCAUAUGACAUUAGGAACUCGAAUGCAAUAUGUCCAUCCUCCUCACCAUGAUGGUGUGCCUUCUUGUUUUUGCCCCAUUUAUGAGGGAACAGCAAUAGACAAGAGUAUGGCCGAUAAGUAUCCACCAUAUUGGGCGGCACGGCAGGUCCACGGUGGUGGUUGUGGCGGAGCUCCACCACCUUCACAUAUUUUUCAAUAUAAUCAACUUUGA